AUGAUCGUCUAUCAAGCAUGCAUCUUGAGUAUUCUCUCUUACGGAGCUGAAACCUGGACGACGUACGCGAAACAAGAACGUCGACUAAACGCCUUCCAUAUGCGCUGUCUUCGUAACAUCUUGGGCAUAUCCUGGGAGGACAGAGUUACCAACGAGCGGGUUCUUAAUAUUGCACAGCUGCCUAACUUCACAGCGUUACUCAAGCAGAAGUGGUUGCGUUGGCUAGGGCAUGUGCAUCGAAUGGAGCCCUCGCGCCUGCCUCGGCGGAUCUUGCUUGGUGCUGUAGCAAACGCAAAACGUAACAUGGGGAGGCCCAUGCUACGGUUUAAGGAUUGCGCUAAACGAGAUAUGCACGCCUUUAGUAUCGACCACCAAAACUGGGAAGCAGUUGCCGAGAAUCGUAACGGAUGGCGUAAAGUUGUUGUGGAUGGACGCAAGGUACACGAUCAAGCUUGGUUUGAGACUUUAGCGGCGAGAAGAACGCGACAACAACAAGCUUCUUCCGUCACUGACACCACCCGGUUUACCUGCAGGGCAUGUGGCAAAGGUUGUCGCUCACAAUUACAAAUGGCACAAAAACGUCUUCUCAGUUAUUCACAGCAGGAAAUGUUCCCUGAAGAAUAUGCAUUACUCAUGGCUUCUAAAGCAAUACCAAAAGAUAAAAUCAUGACAGUCUCAAAAACGGACACCAUCACAGAACAAUCUAUAAACGAAGAGGUCCAUUUCGAAAAGCUUGUUGCGCCUCAAGCAGCACCACGAAAACAUGAAGUCGUUAAGCGUAACCUGAUAACCAUUGGUUACAUCCAUCUAGCGGCUUUGUACGGGUUAUACCUCUUGUGCACAGUUGCUACCUGGAAAACUGUUAUAUUUCAUUGUAUGAUAAGUACUAUAGCUACUUUCGGUAUAACGGCUGGAGCACAUCGUCUAUGGACGCAUAAAGCUUACAAGGCGAAACGGCCCUUGCAAAUAAUAUUAAUGAUCAUGAAUUGUUUCGCAUUUCAAAAUACUGUAAUCGAUUGGGUGCGGGACCAUCGAAUGCAUCACAAAUACAGCGACACGGACGGUGAUCCAUACAAUCCAGCGCGGGGCUUCUUUUUCGCUCACGUAGGCUGGUUGUUAGUGAGGAAACACGAGGAGGUGAAGAAGCGUGGAAAGUUUCUCGACAUAUCGGACAUGUAUGCAAAUCCCGUACUUAUGUUUCAGAGAAGAUACGCAAUUCCCUUAUUUGGAACUUUGUGCUUCUUACUGCCAACAGUCAUACCGAUGUACUGCUUCGGCGAAACAUUGAACACAGCUUGGCAUACUGCUAUCUUACGUUAUGUUUAUAAUCUAAACUCUGGAUAUGCAGUCAACAGUGUAGCCCAUUUAUACGGCACUAAACCUUACGACAAAAGCAUAAAACCUACGCAGAGUUUUUGGGUUUCACUUUUAGUUUUGGGUGAGGGUUUCCAUAAUUAUCACCAUGUCUUUCCAUGGGAUUACAAGUCAGCGGAACUGGGUAUCAGCGCUCUGAAUUUUACAACUUUAUUCAUCGAUUUCUUCGCGUGGCUGGGAUGGGCUUACGACCUCAAGACAGCGUCUGCUGACAUGAUCAAGGCGAGAUCAGAGAGAACAGGCGACGGAAAAAACAUUUGGGGGUUUUAAUAUUUAAUUAAAUUGUCAAUAAAAUAUUGAAUAUAUUAUUAAUAUUUAAUGAAAUAAUAUUAAUAAAUGUAUUUCCAUUAUGUUAUUAAUAAGUAAAUUACUGUGCAAUUAUUAAAAUAAUUAUAUUUUGUGUUAGUUAUUUUGGCAGGAUCGAGGAAUAAUAAUAAAGCUUUUCACCUUUUAAA